CUCUUAAGAUCGACGCCCUCAAAAUGUAAUUAAAAAUACGGUUAAUGAAAAAGGAGAGGGAAUGAAUUCAGGGCAAAUAACAAUGACGGGAAAUUGAAUUUGAUUUAGAAAUAAUAUUUAAUGAUUUGAACAAUAUGGAGGUGAAACUGUUUUCGAUGCUAGUUUUUAUGUGGUAAACCGAGACAAAGCAAUGAAUGUAGAGGAUUCCCUGGAGCAGAUAAGAUUGGGCAGCGGUGACGACACUCUUUCAAAGCAGCAUCGGCCCAAUGACAAACUUAGAAACCUAACAUCAGCAUUACGUGAGCGUUGGCUCCACUCAGCGCCCCGCCCAGACAUGGGAAAAACAAUCUCCCCUCACCGCCUCCCCCUACAUAUUAUCCGGAGGAACCUCCAAAACAGGGAGACAUGCAGUGCGCAUGCGUCACUCAGAAACUGGACGAGUGAGGAAAAAGAAAGUAAAAGACAAAGGUGGCAGAAAGAUUUUGAAAAUAAAUGGAAGAAUGAAAUAGUCAAAAGGAAUGCCUCAUUUCAGCAUCGCCUGCCCUACUGCCGUAGUGUUCAUAUCCCCCCAGUCCCAGUACGACAGCUGUCCGCUAGCUCUAACGUGGACACCCAGCCCUUCUUCUACACCAGCGACUCUCCCCGCCCCCGCUCACAGAAGGAGAGGGAACGAGUCAGUCGACACUUCAUCCACCCCCAGUGGAAAUCGGAAACCAUCUCAUGGGUUAGAUUUGAUCAACCAAAGACAAGGAAAAUUGACCGGUUUAGCUUAUUCUGAGCUAUUUUGGACUACUGGUAAAUUCUGACGUUGACAUUGCUUUUACAUGGCUUUGGAAACAUCUAAAGUUACCUCCCUCUUUCAAUUCUAGAAAGGAGUCCAUCUUCAUCUUCUCAGUAAAUUUUGUCAUUUUAAUAACUUAAUUUUUGAAAAAAAAAUCCAAUACUGACAAAUGAUAUAAGUAUCUAAUGUUUAUUUAACAGAUAGUUGGUUAAUUGCAUACAGAACCAACAUACAGAAGCAAAUCAUUCUCUCUAUGUUAUACAUUAACGACUGUAUAAUUACAAUGUAGGGUGAUAUCUUAAAUCAUCAUACAGCUGGUGUACAAUGUAUGAACUGUUGAAAUAUUUCAAAACAUGUCAUUAAACUUGCAUAUCUUGAAGACAAUAAAAUCAGGGCUUGAGUCAUUCUUGAUUUUUUUUCCACAAUGCAGCCAUUCCAUGGAACUGCAGUUUUCUCACCUACAGAAAACCACAGUAUAA